UGGAAAUGGAGCAAUGAUGGAACUUGGACCAUUUAGAGUCAAUAGUGAUGGCCAAACUUUAUCUCAUAACAAGUAUGCCUGGAACAAUGUGGCAAAUGUACUAUUCUUGGAAUCUCCUGCUGGUGUUGGAUUUUCGUAUUCCAACAGAACAUCAGAUUAUGUAACUGGAGACAAAAAGACUGCGGAAGAUAGUUAUACAUUUCUGAUAAACUGGCUAGAAAGAUUCCCUGAAUACCAAACCCGAGAAUUCUUCAUUACUGGAGAGAGCUAUGCAGGACACUAUAUUCCUCAAUUGGCUCAGCUAAUUCUUCACAACAACAAAAUCACUAACCAGACUGUCAUUAACCUAAAAGGAAUUGCAAUUGGGAAUGCAUACAUAGACGACGAAACACAAGAUUCAGGGACAGUAGAUUAUUUAUGGUCACAUGCAAUGGUAUCGGAUGAAGUUCGUGAGGGCAUCACCCUAAACUGCAACUUUUCACCAAGUGUAAAUGUUUCAGAAGCAUGUCAAACUUACAUUGAUCAAAUAGACAUUGGGGACAACUAUGGUUACGAAAUAUAUGCUCCCUCAUGCGAUCCUCAAAAGGGUUCAUUCUCGAUGACAGGAUUUGAUCAAUGCUCAGAUAAUUAUAUCGACGCCUACUUGAAUACUCAGCAAGUUCAAGCGUCGCUUCAUGUCACUUUUCCUCCCAAGUCGUGGGCAUCUUGCAGCGACGUAGUUGAAUGGACAGACGCCCCAGCGACAGUCUUGCCUGUCAUCAAGGAACUAAUGAACAGUGGCAUCAGUGUUUGGCUCUACAGCGGGGACACGGAUGCUGUAGUUGCAGUGACAACAACCAGAUAUGCUAUAGACUUACUUAAAACUUCUGUUAAAACACCAUGGUAUCCUUGGUACGCUCAAGCUGAGGUGGGAGGAUAUGCAGUUAGAUAUGAAAAUUUGACAUUUGUGACAGUAAGGGGAUCAGGGCAUUUUGUUCCAAGUUACCAGCCUUCUCGCGCACUUGCUUUGUUCUCUUCGUUUUUGGCUGGAGAGCUUCCUCCGUCCAAAGCGAACUAAUCCAAGAAACAAUGGAAUCCAGGAGAGGAGACUCUGAAAUUUAAAUCUCUACUGAAUUACAAGUUGAUUGUUUGAUGAAAUGUUAUCAGAUUUAUUCUUAA